AUGGCUGCGGGUGGAGCGCGCGGGGAAACGGUGGAGCAGUACCGCUCCGAGGUGGAGCGGCUCACACACGAGCUCUCCGAGGCGACCCGGGAGAAGAUCCGUGCGGCUGAAUGCGGACUUGUGGUGCUGGAAGAGAACCAAACCCUAAAACAGCAGUACGCCGACCUGGAAGCCGAACAGGAGACCCUCAGGCAGGAGCUGGAGCAGCUUCAGGAGGCCUUUAGCCAGGCAUACUCCACCCAGAGGAAGGUAGCAGAGGAUAGUGAAACAAAUGAGGAAGCACUCCUACAGGAGUCAGCCACCAAGGAGGCAUAUUAUAUCAGCCGUCUGCUGAAUCAGCAGACUGAACUGAAGCACACUCGCUCUCAGGCCUCCAACACGCAAGUGGAGAAUGAAAGACUCAGCAUCAUCUUGCAGGAACUUAGAGAGACCAACGAGGUGCUUGAGUUACAGAGGAGAAGGAUGAGAGAGGAAGUUAGGGAGUAUAAGUUCCGAGAGGCUCGGAUGCUGCAGGACUACAGUGAGCUUGAGGAGGAGAACAUCUCACUGCAAAAAUUGGUGUCCACUCUCAAACAGAAUCAGGUGGAGUAUGAAGGCCUGAAGCAUGAGAUCAAGGUUUUGGAGGAGGAGAUGGUCUUUCUGAAUAGCCAGUUAGAGGAUGCAUUGCGCCUGAAGGAUAUCUCUGAGAGCCAGCUGGAGGAGGCACUGAACGCUCUGAAGAGUGAGCGUGAGCAAAAGAACAGCCUGCGUAAGGCGCUAGCCCAGCACCUCACUCUGUGUGACGCACCUUUCUCUUCAGCCUGUGCCCACCUGGUUGCCCUCAGCUCAGCACCCCCGAGUGGCAGUGCCACCCCCACUGCUGCCAGUUCUCCAGGUAGUGAGGAUGGUGGAAAAUGCAAUGGACUUCUGUUACAGGGUUCAGCUGGAAAAGCACUGGGCCGACUAAAUGGGGAUUUCAAGGGAGCAGGUCAGAGAAAACUGAGCAACUCCAUAACCCCUGACCUCUUCAGUGAGCUUCACCUCACCGAGAUUCAGAAACUUAAACAGCAACUGCAGCAGGUGGAGCAGGAGAAGACAUCUGCACUGAACAGCCUUCAGGAGUGUGAAACACAGCUACGACAUACACAGUGCGCCUUGACUGAGCAGUACAAGAGAGCACAGCAUCUCCAACAGCGAGUUUGUACACACCAACAGGGAAGCACCACGGAGGCUGGUGAUGAUGACAAGGUCAAGGUGGAGUUAAAGGACCCGUCAUGGACAUGUGAGGACCUGGAGCAUCUGGGUCUGGAACUACUGCAGUGUAAGUACAAAUUAGCAGUGACAGAGGUGGUGAGCCUUAAUGGCGAGUUGAAGGACCUUCAGGAGAGGCAUAAAGAGUGUGUGGAGCAGGCCACACGGGCAGAGGAACAUGCCCAGGUCCAAAUACAGACUCUUGAAUCGCAGGUGGCUCGCCUGGAAUGCAACUGCCGUGUGGGGAGGGAGAAGGAAGCAGCACUUCAGCGAGAGCUAAAGAAAGCUAAUAGUUCUGCCUCGGAAAGCCAAAGCACUCUAGCUGCAGCCCACGAGGAGCUGUCCACCUUCAGUGAGGAACUGGCACAGCUUUACCACCAUGUCUGCAUGUGCAACAAUGAAACACCCAACCGUGUGAUGCUGGAUUAUUACCGCCAGGGUCGGACCCCUCCACGUGCUAUGUCUGCAGGUCUUAAAGCACAGGAUGACCAUCGGGUCCUUUUGACACCAAGGCUGGCGCGCCGCCUGGCGGCCAUCAAUGCUGCCACAUCUUCCACUUCAACGCCAAGUGACUCACAGAGCCCCACAGAGUCACCCUCCAAAGAGCCCCUCAACUCAGAAGACAGCCCAGUACGCACAGUGCUGAGCUCGUCUGCUGUCAGUGCCUCUUCCUCAUCAUCAUCCUCAUCCCCAGCACCUGAUUCACCUGCAGGCUCAGACACUCGCCGGGAACCCAUCAACCUCCACCACCUGAAUUCCAUUAUCCGCGACCAGAUCAAGCAUUUACAAAAGGCUGUGGACCGUUCAGUGCAGUUGUCGCGCCAAAGAGCAGCUGUCCAGGAGCUUGCACCACUUUUCGAUAAGGAAAAAGAAGCUUGUAUGGAAGAAAUUCUCAAGCUUAAGUCCCUACUGAGCACCAAAAGGGAGCAGGUUGCCACCCUGCGCCUGGUACUCAAAGCCAACAAACAGACUGCAGAAAUGGCUCUGGCAAACCUGAAAAGCAAGUAUGAGGCUGAGAAGAACAUGGUGACUAAGACGAUGAUGAAGCUGCGUAAUGAACUGAAGGCUCUAAAAGAGGAUGCUGCCACAUUUUCCUCACUAAGAGCCAUGUUUGCCACACGGUGCGAUGAGUAUGUAACUCAGUUAGAUGAGAUGCAGAGACAGCUUGCAGCAGCUGAGGAUGAGAAGAAGACACUGAACUCCCUUCUCCGCAUGGCCAUUCAGCAAAAACUGGCACUAACGCAGCGUCUGGAAGACUUGGAGUUCGACCACGAGCAGUCACACCACCCCCGCAUGGGCAAGACGGCCAAACUGAGGAUUACAUCACCCAAAGUAAGUGAAACGGCCACCUUGCCCCUUAAUGACACCUUGUCGACAGAAGCUGAGGCAGCUGCAGAAACGUCAGCUAUCUCAUCCCCUAGCGUAGUCACCCCUUUGCUCUCCUCUGACCCAGGUAGUCCCCCCUCUCUGGAAGCCCCUUCCUCCCCUGCCUCAUCUUUUUCCUCCUCCUGGACUCCCUCAAUUACACCCUACAGCCGGGGCCACACCCACUGGACGUUGGGUAUGCGAGCAUACGUGGUGGAGCCACAAUCCUAUGGUGUGGACAUUCCUACCAUUAGUAUGCCCCGAACCACCAGCUUGACCCGUCGCUAUGCAAUCGAGUCAACCUAUUCACCAGGUUCACGCCCCGCCUCACCCUAUCGUUCGCCCAUACUGGGUUCUUAUCGCUCCACCUGGAGCUCACCCAGAUCUCGUCCACUCAGCACGGUCUUAACGCACUCCACCCACACAACAAGAUACACAUCCCCAUCCUCCUCCUCCUACAGUUCACCAUACCCGAGAAAUUACACUUCUCAGCACCCACGCUACUGA